AUGGUCAAGGAGUGGCCAUUCCGAGCUUACAAAGCGAGUGGAAGAGUUACAUCAACUCAUUUCUUCUUAGCGGUUUGUUCUACAGAACAAUCUGGUUUUAUAACUAUUAUUGGAACAGACGUUCUAUUAGAAUCGCACGACAGUGCCAGCACAUGGAUGUCUCUACUGUCUAGGGACUCAAUACGGAGCCGAUACAUAGUUCAACUUACGUUGUACAUCAAAGGCCUUCUAACCGCUAGGGGUAAUGUUGUGUUGUUUAGAGGUUGGGUGGUUUACGGUGCAGGUGCUACGCCGGCAGGGAGAAUCUGCGAAGCCCUUUACAAUGGCGACGUGCGUCAUAAUACUAAUCAUUCGUGCCUGCGGUGCAUGCAGUACUUGCGUGUUCGUAUGACAAACUCGCAAGAAGAAUGCAAUGACUCCGGACGGCAGGAGGUGCUAGGCACUCCUUGCGUCGUUUACACAACGACGUCGUGGAUAACGAAGGUCUCUCUGAAGAGGUCGAGGUUACGCGGCACGUAG